CCUCUCCCUCCCACAAACUCUCUCCUGAGAAAACAAAGCUGAUCGGAGUAUCUUUCUGUGUGAGAGUGAACAACAGUCCAAAUGGCUCAGCAAGGAGUUCUCCUGGAUCAGGACCAGUUCUGUUGUUCUGUCUGUCUGGAUCUACUGAAGGAGCCAGUCACUACUGCCUGUGGACACAGUUACUGUUGGAGGUGUAUUGAGGACUGCUGGGAUAAGAAUGUUCUGAAAGGGGUCUAUAGCUGUCCCCAGUGCAGACAGACCUUCACUCCAAGGCCUACUCUGAGGAAAAAUAACAUGUUGGCUGAGGUAGUUGAGAAACUGAAGAAGACAGUACUCCAGGCUGCUACCCCUCCUACUCUGUGCUAUGCUGGACCUGGAGAUGUGGCGUGUGAUUUCUGCACUGGGACCAGAAAGCAGAAAGCCCUCAUGUCCUGUCUGGCGUGUUUGGCCUCUUACUGUGAGACUCACCUCCAACCUCACUAUGAAGUUCCUGCCUUUAAGAAGCACAAAUUGAUUAAAGCCACAGCUCGACUACAGGAGAAGAUCUGCUCUCAUCAUGACAAACUGCUGGAGUUUUACUGUCGUACACAUCAGCAGUGUAUCUGUAUGCUGUGUGUGAUGGAUGUACAUAAAGGCCAUGAUACAGUGUCAGCUGCAGCAGAGAGAACUGAGAAACAGAAGCAACUGGGGAUGAGUCAGCAGAAGGUCCAGCAGAGAGUCCAGAAGAGAGAGAAGGAGUUGAAGGAGCUCCAACAGGCUGUGGAGUCUCUCAAGCACUCUGCACAGGCAGCAGUGGAGGACACUGAGAAGAUCUUUACUCAGCUGAUCCGCUCCAUUGAGAGAAGAUGCUCCGAAGUGAAGGAGCUGAUCAGAGCCCAAGAGAAGGCUCAAGCGAGUCAAGCUGAAGGACUUCUGGAGCAACUGAAGCAGGAGAUAGCUGAGCUGAGGAAGAGAAACGCUGUGUGUGACCAGCUCUCACACACAGAGGACCACAUCCAUUUCCUGCAGAGUUAUCAGUCUCUCUCCAGUCCCAGUGUUUCUUCAGACUUACCCAGCAUCACUGUCCGUCCUCUUCAGUACUUUGGAUAUGUGAGUAAGACUGUGUCUGAGCUGAGAGAGAAACUAGAAUACUUCCUUAAAAGAGAAUGGACCAAGAUCUCGACUACAGUGGAUGUUUUGCCUACAGAGCCCAAGACCAGAGAACAGUUCUUACAAUAUUCCUGUCAGCUCACACUGGACCCAAACACAGCAUGUGAAGAACUCUUUCUGACUGAAGGGAAGAGAAAGGUCACCUUUACAGAUCAAGCCCAAUCAUAUCCUAACCAUCCAGACAGAUUCACCAACUACUACCAGGUUCUGUGUAGAGAGGGUCUGUCUGGAUGCUGUUACUGGGAGGUGGAGUGGAGUGGGCACUGGGUUCAUACAGCAGUCUCAUAUAAAGACAUCAGCAGAACAAGGGCAGGUCAUGCAUUCGGAUCCAAUGACAAGUCCUGGAGUUUAGGGUGCUCUACGGGUGGUUAUCGUUUCAUACACAAUAAUGUUGUGACUAAUGUACCGGGCCCUUGGUCCUCCAGAGUGGGAGUGUACCUGGAUCACAAGGCAGGUACUCUGUCCUUCUACAGCAUCUCUGACACAAUGACCCUCCUCCACAAAGUCCACACCACAUUUCCUCAGCCCCUCUAUCCUGGGUUUCGUCUCUAUGGAGCUAAUGAUACUGCUGAGCUGUGUAAACUGUGGUAGGGGCCCACAUAGAUACUAGUCAUGCUGGUGGUGACCGUCCCCAUAUGUGAUGCUUCAUUCGGCUUAGUUAUUUUUCUGCAGUUACUUCAUCGGACUGAUUAGAUCUUCAGAGAUGUAAUUAAUAAAAAUGUAAUGUAUUUAUAUUCUAUCAAAUGGAAUGUUUUAAUCUUGUACAUUCACCAUGGUGUAUGUUUUUGAUGUAUAUUGGUUUGCAUUGAGCGCCAUUGAUAUGUUUUCUAUUGGUUAUCCGUCUCUAUGCAAUUUUUCUCAGUGGCAUGGAACAGGUAGUUUCACUUACUUGCUAACUAUACUAUUUGGGAUGGUUUCCCGGACACAGAUUAAGCCUAGUACUAGAUUUAAAAGCAUGUUCAAUGGAGCUGUCCGGGAAACCAGCCCUAAAUUUGGCAAAUUUGAUGCACCCAUAAUUUUCAGGCGCAACGUUAAACCUAUCCAGCAGGUGGUGCUACUGAUCAAACAAUAAAAAACGGAAAAUAUCUUGAUUUGCCAGUCAAUAUAUUGUGCUAAUACCGUUGUCGAUGUAUCGUCAAUCAACUAUCCCGAGUUAGGAAUAGAUUAAGUUAGGCCAUCUAUUGUUCAGUGAUUAAAAAAUGUUUCUGGUGAUGGGAAAUAAAUACAACAAAAAUAAGGUCAUGAUUUGGAUUGUCAAAUUGAUUUUCCAAUUGGAUAAGCAAGUUCCUAAAACGUUAAAAUACUGCGUUUCACCAGUACCUUACAGUUGUUUGUAUGUUUAUGUCUGACAUUAACAGAUGACAUUAAAAAACACUAUAGUAAUAGUA